AUGACUGAGUUCAAUAUCGGAGCUCAUUGUUCUCAGGAGGAUUGCAAACAGUUAGAUUUCCUGCCUAUCAAUUGUGAACUCUGUGGUCGUAUCUUUUGCAAGACUCACAGUUCCUUGACGGCGCAUAAUUGUCCUAUAUCAAAUUCUUCCUAUCCUCAAGAAUCUAUCAGUCAUAGUCAAUAUUGUGAUGCUGAUAAUGGUGAAGAUAAUACCGGUAAUGUUUGUGAUUUUCAUCAGUGCGGUGAACGACAAUUGGUGCUGUUAACUUGUGAAGCAUGCAAUGGAAAUUUCUGUAUCAGUCAUAAACAAAAAGAAGUUCAUGAAUGUCCUUUCUUGGAAUCGAAUCAAAAGGAAAAAAGCCAAUCAACUAAAGUUGCCGUUGUCGAUCGAGCUGCUUUAAAUGCUAUUUCGCAUACACCAAUUGGAAAUAAACCAAAGGAGUCAACUACCAAACCAUUGAGUGAUCGUGCUCGAGCUACAAAGGCUAAAUUGAUUUUACUAAGAGCUAAAAUGGAAGCUUUACCAGGCGGUAAACACGCUAGAGAUUUACCAGAAUCAGAAAGAUUUGUUCUCCGGUUAUCAAUUAUGCCUGAUAUUCUUCCGAAUGAUACUAUAAUUUCAGCCUACUUUGGAAAGCGUUGGCCACUUGGUUGUGUUUUGGAUUAUGGUUGUGAACAGUUUCACUUGCCUAGAGAUAAAAAAUACGGAUUAAUUCGUGUACAAGAUGAAUUAGAUCAGAAUUAUGAAAUUGGUCAACUUCAGCAUGAUGAUAUCUCGAAAUCGCUACUUGAUUUAAGUUGUACAAUUAAACAGCAUAUUGAGGAAAAUUGUUUUUCAGAGGGUGAAUUAUUACAGAUUGUUUUCAUACCUCAAAUGUUGUCGUCGCCAUCGGAGUAG